AUGGACUUCUUGGCGCUAGUGGCUGCUCUUGUGAGCAACGAUAAUGCAACACGUAAGCAGGCAGAGGCGUCGUAUGAGGCCUUCAAGGCGGAACAACCACAGGCUCUUGUGAUCAACCUCGUGCAACUACUACGCACGGCCUCUGAUCCGGAAGCGCGUGCUUUUGCUCCCGUGCUAUUGCGUCAGCUACUAGAGGCUAAGACUGGCGUGUACACGCGCUUGGAUACGGAUGCACAGGCAAUUCUUAAGGUGCAACUAUUAGAGGCCCUGGUCACCGAGCCCAUAGCUCACGUUCGCCGCAAACUUGGCCACUUGAUUGCUGAACUGGCUGUUGUCUCGGAGAAGUACGAGCAAGCGUGGCCCGAGCUGCUGAAUGUCGUAUCAGCUCUUACCACAAAUGCUGACGCACUGUUACGCGUGACAGCCUUCGACUUGCUGGCCAAGCUAGCCGAGUACGUGAGUGACCUGCUAGUUCCGCAUAAAGAAAGCUUCCUUACGCUUUUUACCAACUCGCUCAACGAUGCAAACGGAGAAGUGCAGAUUGCCAGCCUCAAGGCUGCAUCAGCUUUCCUGCUGACGCUCGAGGACAAGCAGGAAUUAUUGGCGUUUGCCAUUAUUGUGGCCCCUAUGUUGCGUAUCAUUGAAGUGCUGGUGAAUGCUGGAGACGAAAUUGCUUUUCGUGAGGUACUGUCGGCUCUUGUGCAGAUUGCUGAAGUACACCCCAAAUUUUUCCGCAACUCUCUGGACGACGUGGCCCGUGCCAUGAUCUCUGUGUGCUCGUCACAAGAGCUUGACUCGGAGACUCGUGAGCUUGCUUUGGAGUUCGUCAUUGAGCUGUGUGAAAAUGCUGGUGGCAUGGUACGCAAAUCGCAGUUCAUCGUCACGAACGUGGUGCUUUUAGUUAUUCGGCUGAUGUGCGAGGUUGAGGAGGACGAGACGUGGGUGCAGAAAUUUGACGAUCCGGAGACCUUCGCUGAGGCCAAUGACGCCGACAACUCGAUCAGUGACGCUGGUGCCGCGGCAAUUGAUCGUCUGAGCACGUCUCUUGGUGGCAACGCUGUGCUACCUGUAGCCAUCCCGGUCAUUAAGGAUUUUCUCGGUGAUGCCGACUGGCGCAAACGUCGCGCUGGCCUAUAUGCUAUCUGCCUGCUAGGUGAGGGUGCGAAGUCGCUCAUGACCCGUGAGCUUGAUAAUGUAGUGGGAAUGGUUUUGCCUUUUCUGAACGAUCAACACCCGCGUGUGCAGUACGCUGCGCUGCACAGUCUUGGACAGAUUGCCGAGGACUUUGGUGAGAAUGAGCAAGGUGUGCUGCGUACCCGUGCUCUGGCUGCCAGUGUGGUUAUCAACUUUUGCAACACGAACGUAUGUAAGGCCAAGUACGUGAUUCCGUACAGCCAAGCUUUGCUCGAGGCUCUCUUUAAUACGAUGCGCUCGUGUCCACGCCAGGUGCAGGAACAGGCUAUCACUGCUGUUGCGAGCGUGGCCAAGGUAAUUGGUGAUGAGUUUCUCCGCUUUUACGAUAUUUUCAUCCCGCUUGCGAAGGAGGUGCUGACGAACGCCCAUGGCAAGGAGUACGCUCUGCUUCGUGGCAAAUCCAUGGAGUCAAUUGCUCUCAUCGGUCAAGCUGUGGGCAAGGAGCGUUUUGUAAAUGAUGCCAAGGAGAUCAUGGAGAUUUUAGUGCGUGUGCAGUCCAGUGAGGAGAUGGAAGGCCCAGUGGUGCAGUAUGUGGCGCAAUCGUGCGUGCGUAUUGGCAGUAUCCUGAAAGAGGAUUUUGUCCCAUAUUUGCCUCACGUGAUCCCGGCGCUUAUCAAGCAGGCGCAGAUUCAGCCAGACAUUCAGCUGUCGGAUGUCACUGAUGACGAUGUCGAGGAGGAUGGUCAGACUGUCGAUGGCACGGACACCAUGACGCUGCAGAUUCGUGGCGUGGAAAGAAGCGCCUGGAAAUCAAUACGAGUGCUCUCGAAGACAAGACAAAUGCCCGAGGUGGCACAGGUAAUGAUCCCGCUGAUUGACUUCGAGUAUGUCGAAGACAUUCGUAUUGUGAGCAGUUUGACCAUGGCUAAGCUGCUGAACUGCGCUGUGGAGGGCACGAUGCACCACGGCUAUGGCGCGACAGCGCCGCAGUUCCCGCAGCAGCUUUUUGAGAAGUUCUUCGAGCCAAUGCUGAAGAGUCUACAAGAAGAAGAGGAUCUGGAGUGUCUUGGCGCGUUUGCUGAGGCCAUGUCGGCGGUCCUGGAAGUGUGCAAAGAAAGCCAAAAAAAGGGUUAUCAGGUUGGUAUUCCUUUAGAGCACGUCCCGCGCAUAGUGGAGAUUUUUAAGACCGUGGCGUCCAACAGUGCCCAGCGUUUAAUGAAGCAACACCACGAGAACCAACAGGAUGAAGAUUAUGACGCUGAGUCUGCUCGACAACAGACCGAGAACGAUGAGCUUGAAGAAGGCAUCUUUCGGUCGAUGAUUGACUCGAUCGGCUGGAUCGUGAAGGUUCAGAAGGAAGCGUUUUUCCCUGUGUUCAAGGCGCACUUGUUGACAUUCGUGACGCCGCUAUUGGAACAGAAGACGGUGUCGAUGCUGCGCGGUCAGGCUAUCUGCAUGAUUGAUGAUAUCAUUGAGCACUGCGAUACUUCUGCCCAGGAGCUGCUGCCACUGUUUCUGAACCACCUUGUUCAGGGUCUUGAGGAUCAGAGUCCGUCAGUAAUCCAAGCGUCAGCUUACGGUAUUGGUGUCAGUGCUGAGAAGUGUGGCGCUGCCUUCGAUCCCUUCUGUCAGAAUGCGCUUGAGAAGAUGGUGCACUUGAUUAACGUCUCAACGAACGUGGAUGAUGACGAAGUUGGUGCGGCGUGUGACAACGCUAUUAGCGCUGUGGCCAAGAUCUGUUUGGCUCGCGAAGGUGCUGUAGACGCUGCCAAAAUGUGGCCCAUGUGGCUCAGCUGGCUGCCACUUCGUACGGAUGUGCUUGAAGCGCAGGAGGUGCAUGCUCGACUAAUUUCAUUGGUGAGCAGCGGCAAUGCUCAUGUGCUUGGCGCCAAUUACUCUAACCUCGUCCAGAUCCUGAAGGUGUUCGCAUCAGCACUUCUAUUCGACAUGGCGGCGGAGGAGGACGCCGCAGAGGACGAGGAGGUGUCGACUAUUUCAGAGGAGUCAAAGCCGAAACUCCGUGAAUUGCUGGUCAAGUUGCAAUCUCAGCUGCCUGUUUCAGUGGUGCAGAAUGCCUGGUCGAAACUUAGCGGUGAUGAGCAGCAGGCUCUGUCUCAGCUGUAA